AUGGGUUUGUCAAUAGUUAUAUUGCUACUGGAACUGCUAUAUGUGUCGGCUAACAGCGAUGAAGGCCCUUGCCAUCCGUAUGCUUGUGGCUUUGGCGAAUGUAUACCGGAGGGCACCUCAUUCCGGUGCAAAUGUCGAGAUGAUCACGUUGGCCCCUUGUGUAACAUAUGGCGGUCACCAUUGGUCAACUGUGAAGUAGACGGUCCUCAUUCAUGCUUCAAUGGCGGAAUCUGCAAUACGACUGAGAAUGAGUUCAGAUGCGUAUGCCCUCCCAGUUUCACAGGGUUAUUCUGCGAAACAGAUGUCGACGAAUGCUCCACAUCCCCGUGUGAAAAUGGUGCCACAUGUGUAAACCAAAUUGGAUCUUUUUAUUGUAUGUGUCCUUAUGGGUACAAGGGUACAACCUGUGAAGAGCAUAUCGAAGUUUGUUCACCUAGAACUUGCCUCAACGGCGGUUUCUGUAUAGACGGUGCCGAUGGUUAUGUCUGUCAGUGCGCUCCAGGUUUCAGUGGACAGCGUUGUGAGGAAGAGAAGCCCCGUUUCACUGCAAGGACAACUGUCAGUACCGAAAACGUCACUCCAACUUUAUGCGCCGGUUGUCCUUCCAAAUCGGGUAAUGGUCGCUGUGAUGAGGAGUGUGAUCGACCGGAAUGCUUGAAUGAUGGUGGGGACUGUACCACCAAGAAUAUUAGCCCAUUCAAUGCUUGUGCACAUGCCGAGUACUGUGCUCGGGUGUUUCACGACGGAAUAUGCGAUAAGAUUUGCAACAACGAAAAAUGCCUUUUUGAUGGAUUCGACUGUCUCCCCAGAACGCCCAAAUGCCCGAGUCGUUGCAAAUCCGUGAAGCAUAACGGCAUAUGCGAUGAGGAGUGCAAUCGAGAGGAAUGUGAUUUCGAUGGUGGAGACUGUGAACUGACUACGAAAAUCCUGUCUGGUGAAUUGUCCAUAGUGGUGUUAAUAAGACCUGAGGUCUUUGCUGCUAAUGUGGUGCAAUUUGUGCGUUCGCUGAGCCUAUCGCUGAGAUCUGACAUACGUAUCAAACACGAUGAUCUUGGUCCCAUGGCUUUUGCAUGGAACGAUGGAGAAAUCGGCGAACGGCUGACUCUCAAAGGACAGGGUUCUUCGCUCGUUUCUGCAACGUCUUCAUAUUCUAAAGGAAAGGAAGGGGUCCUUGUAUGGGUAGAAGUGGAUGUAUCGAAAUGUGUUGAAGAAUGUUUCGAUGAUGUUGAAGUCGUAGCCAAAUUCAUCGAGGCUGAUAAGAAUAAACUCUCAGAAGCCCUGAGUAUGUCUAUUUACUCGGCUGUUGGGAAAAAGCCAAGAAUUCGUCAUGAUUCCUUCGGAAUCACGCUACUGUUUGUCGUUGCCUGUGUUUCCCUGAUGAUCCUAGUUGCACUCCUUUUUAUAGUCCAACAGAGAGGCAGCAGAAAACGAAAAGUGAUUGAAAAUGCUCCAGUGUGGAUUCCACCUACGGAAUUCGAAAAUCAUAAGUCCGAACGGCUAGCUAAAGAAAGGAAUCGUCAUGAUUUUAUCGAUUUUAAAAGUGCGAAGCGUAAGCGUUUGGAUCCAGCAGAGGUCAAGCUGCUCGAAGACAAACUGACCCCAAUUGUGCCAAGAGUACGAGUAGUUGUGAAGCCAAAAAAGAUGGAGCCUAAGCCUUCUAAACUGCACAUGGAAGCUGCAUUGGAUGAACCACUUUCUUCUCUAUCUCCUAAUGAAGAUAUCAACCGGAAAGGGCCAUAUGGACGCACACCAGUUAUGGUGCUUGUUAGGAACACCUUGAAAACGGAGGAUCAGCUUAUCGAAGAAUUGACCAAGUUGCAUGCAGCCGGCGCUGACCUCAACUUAUGCGAUGACUGUGACGAUACCGCCCUGCACAUCGCUGUUUCUUCUGGUCGUGUAGCCAUUGUUCGUAAACUACUGCAACUUGGUGCAUCUCCAGUAAUCCGAGACCGAACAAAUUCCACCUGUCUUCAUCUUGCUGUUCGAGCUUGCGCUUUGAACAUGACGGCAGUACUUCUGGAGAAUGAGGAAAUGCGUCAAGAAGUAGAUGCUUUGGAUGACGAAAACAGGACAGCGUUGAUGUUAGCGGCAAUGUAUGACAUGGUGGACACUAAGAUUGCUGAAAUGCUAUGCGAUGCGGGAGCAAAAGUGAACUACGAUGGAGAUAAUAGUUUGACGACAUGGAAAGGAAGAACGGCACUCCAUUUUGCAGCGAAAUAUAAUAACACUGGAAUGGUGGCGUUUUUGUUAGAGAAGAAUGCGAACAAGGACUGCCAGGACUAUGAGUGCUGUACUCCACUGCAUCUGGCUGCAUCGGAAGACCAUGUAGGACCGAUAAAAGAGCUUCUUAAAGUUGGUGCAAGUGUAAUGUUGAGAAAUGACAAGAACAGUAAUUUGGAUUUUGGUCCACGUGAAUUGAAAAAUUAACUAUUUCCUCCCCCUGAGUAUUCGAUCGGGCAUCAUUACGUCUACUGUGUUAUGAAAGAUUUUUCAAAUGCAACUUGCAGUAGAGUGCCUCUAACUUGUAAUUUUCAGUGGUUGGUACAAAGGAUCUAUAUUGUGAAAAGAUUCUUGCCACUCUUCUCUUAUUUUACAUGUUUAGUGUGAUGGCCUCUCCUGGAUUCUUCGAUUCUGACUACGGAUCUGGAACAGAUCGAAGCUCCUGCAAUCGCAGUGCUCCAUGGUCGGAAAGCUAUUAGUUGCUCCUAA